AUGGCUUCCAAGAAAAUAAUAAAAACUCAAACAAAUCUUGGGGGCAGUAGUCGAACGAUCGAACAUCAAGACCCGAAGAAAUCGAUCGAGGAUCUUUUCACGAAUCGAUUUGUCAAGAAGCCAAAUAAGCCUCAACUCCCAGCGGCAUUUUAUCAACAACCUACCAAUAGAGGCAGGGGAUCUGCUGGACAUUCCCCAGUGGGUUCGUCGGAUGAUGGGUUCAAGUCAAAUAGCCAAUUGACGCUCAGCCCUCAAUCAUCAACAUCACCAGGGGGUUCUGCCCCGGAAUUGGUGAAUUCUCUGUAUUCUGCCCCGUCAUCCUCCUCUCAUAUCCCUCAACCGGGUAUCCCACGGCCAAUGCAUAAACCCAGCUACAGUAUGAGUGAAGUGUCCCACGAAAUCCCGUCAUAUCACUCCCGAUCUUUAUCGACUGAUGCCACGCAUCAUCAAAUGGAACCCCGUCUGGGUGCAGCGUGUUCCCCCUUUGGCGGUCCUCCCCAGGCCCCAGCGACGUCAUGGCGUUCUGAUCCUCAAAUAGUGGGUGGAUGUGGUGGUGAUGAUGGAUUGUCAUCUUCGCAUGGCCCUCAACCAGCUCUUCCCCCUCCACAACAAACCACUUCAUUCCCUCCAUAUCAACAUCAACAGCCACAGCAACAUCCCGUCCAUCCACCUCCAUUCGGCCAUCAAACUGAUCCAAAAGACGGCCUGGGUCCACUUCCGCCAGGUUGGACAUUUGGAGAUGAUGGGAAUGGUUGUCGAUAUUACAUCGAUCAUUCAAGACAAUUCACAACCUGGGAGGAUCCGAGACUUAAUCCUGCCGCCCUCGACCAUCGACAAAAUCCAUACGGGUACCCGCCACAGAUGCCGCAAAAUCAGCGACUGAUGGGAGAAUACAGUUCGGCCAACGUGCAACAACUCGAGGCAGAGAAAUCAGCAAUGAGAGCGAGACAAGAAAGUCUCAUGAGAGCCGGACUUCUCGAUCCGCCACAAAUGAUGGCUGGACAUGAACAAUAUCAACAAUAUCCUCAUCAUCAACCCGCACUACACCAUGUACCACCCCAUCAGCGUCAAAUCUCCGCGGAUUCGGCUUUACCGGAUAAUAUGGAUGCUAUGGAUUUCACAUCGUAUGGAUUGGGAAUGGACAUCAAUCCACAAGAAUUCGACAAAUACCUUCACAUCAGUGGAAAUCGU